AUGAGGUACAGAGCUUGUUGAAAUUUGUCUUGUUUAAAGUGUUAAAUCCUGUUUUAUUUCUUAAAACUGAAACUUUUAUCUCUUCAGGGUUUUGUGGAUUUUGUGUCUGCUGAUUGGAAGCAUUACCUGCAGUCCUGUAUGGAAAGGUAAGAUCACAUCACACUUGAUGGGCUUCCUUUUAAAAGGCUAGUUUUAAUCCUUGUUUGUCCUUUUCAGCUGAACAAUCAGGCAGUCAAGGUCUGGCAGGCACAAGCAACAUGGCAUCAUCAUAUCCUGCAUCUUGGGGUUCAGGAGGAGUGGAGAGUGCUGGUCUGGGCAGCAGCUCCUCGGGUCUAGCCAGCCCAAACUAUGUUGCCUCCAAUGCUGGUGCUGGUGGCUACGGAGGCUCUGGAGUUGUCUACAGCAGCCCUGCAAUGGCUGGAGGAAGCGCUGGGGGCUAUGCAGGUGCUUAUGCACCCUCUGCUGGGUAUGGAGCUGGGGCUUCCAGUGGAGGCUAUGGUGGUGCUCAUGGAGGAUAUGGGUAUGCCUCAGCCCCUGAAGGUGCCGGCUCGAGCUCUGGAUCUACUGCUUAUGGCAGUGCUGGAGGUGAAGGCUCAGCGGGGCCGAUCUUCAGUGACGUGUCUGAUCUGGAUCCAGUCUACGCCUUCAGUUCUCGUUCACGCUACCAGAAAGGAAGAGCAGUGUUUGCCCAAAGCCGCUACACCCCAGGAGAGGCUCUUGUCCAACCCAUGCCCAUUUACAGACCAGUCAUCAAAAAUCCAGUCAUGAUCAGCAUUCCUGUCCAGGAACCAGUGAAAACCAUGCCUGUUCCAGUGAAAUAUCAAACUAAAGGAGGCUACUAA